CAUCAGCUGAGGAGCCGCCAGUAGGUGGUGCUUCGCUGACGGGCUGGGGGAAGGCAGACAGGAAAGGGGACACCGGGCAGGCAGGGUUUUUUUUGUUUUAAUUUUGAUUAAGCCGCCGAACGUUUUUUAAUUUCUUCCCAAACCCCUCCCCACUCUUUUUUUGCAAUUUGUGCCUGUUUAGGGAGGGAGGGAAGGAAGGAGGGAGGGUGAGAGAGCACGGUUUGAUUUCGAAAUGUCUGCGACUUGUCAGCAAAGUGAAUGUCGAGUGAUCCCCACCAGGAGAGUUACCCUGAACGAUGCAACGCAGCUACCUCAUGACUACUGCACUACCCCAGGGGGGACCCUGUUCUCCACCACUCCCGGAGGAACCCGCAUAAUUUACGAUCGGAAGUUUCUGAUGGAGUGUCGCCAUUCCCCAGUUGCCAAGACCCCUCCCCGUUAUCUCCCACAUAUCCCAGGUGUGACUACGCCUGGCACCACUGAUGAUGCCAAGAUAGAUGUGAAUGAUUCUGGCCACUGUGCUGAUAACAACAACCGUGAGAGGAAGAUAACUGCCGGGGAUGAUGCUCAGUUCGAGAUGGACAUCUAAGUUCUCCGUGUGCUGACUCCACUUUGAGACACUUUGACCUGGCCUGCGAUUCUGAGCACCUGAGACCUCUGCAGCGAUACACAAGCUCCUCUGAAAUCUGCCAAAAAAAAAAUGUUUAAACCAAUAAGUUUUACCUGUGGCCAAGUAAUUAAUCCUGCAACAAUUUCACUUUGGUCACAUGACAGUGAAUCAUGUAUUUUACAACCAGACAAGUUGGUCCUAAUUUUCCACUAAAUUCUUGAAAAUAAUUGUGGGGAGUGGGGCGUGGGAGAGAGGGAGAGGCCCUUUCCUUUUGGGAGAAGGGUGAAAUAUUUUUGUUAAAGAACAAAAGAUUUUUUUUUAAGCUAUAUGUACACAACCAUUUUGAAACAGUUCCCUAUCACGCCGCUACUUGAGAGCAGAGAAUAAUAUUUUUAUUUUUAAAAUUUGAAGGUUUUUGAAAAGGGUUUUGGUACAGAGCCAUGAUGUUAUGCUCAGUUUUCGGGAAAAAUGUUGUUCUGAGUUCCACACAACUCUGCAGCAAAAGCUCCUUGCUUAAUUAUUUUAAUGAUAAUCCAUUGAACUCCUAAGCUUUGUUUUAGUUUAGACUAAAUGUUCCCCAGAUUUGUUUUUUAUUUUAAAGCAGUUGUUUGGUUCAGGAAAGUGUCUCCGCCUUGAAUAUUUUGGCUGCUUUGACUCAAUAUUCUUUGCAUUCAGGAUGGGACAUGUACUGCAUGCGCUUUAGUUCUGUAGUGGAAGACCAUGCAGGAUCUGGAAAGCUGCGUGUAAGUAAGUGUCUCCACCCGCAAGUAGGAAGAGUGUGGGUGUAUGUGCUUGACAAAGUCCACAGUUAACAGCAGAUCACACUGGCAACUGUGAGCUAUUGUCUUUAUACAACUGGCAACUAGUUAUAACUUGCAAACUUUUUUUUAUUGUUAGCUGAAAAUGAAUGGACCUAUCUUGUUAUUUAUUUACUGAGAUUGAUUGUUGCUCAAAUCGGGGUUGCUUUCUGUGAACUGCCAGACUAAGGCCAGGUCCAAGGAGCCGGUGGAGAUUGUAGUAUUCCUUCUUUACUUACUCCCUUUUUCUCCCCCUCCCCCUCUUCCCCAAAAGAAAAGGAUUUUUGUGUAACUUUUACCACACUUGAGUGUAUUGGGUUGGUGAGGUUUAGCCUUUAUUAACUUGACCAGUUGGGGUUAAUCAUGGCCUGCGAUCCAAAGCUUGGUCCUCGAGGGCAGGUCAGGAGACUAACUUCAGAAGGUGCAGUUCUGUCUUGGCAUUGCCUGUAUCAGACUGCGAGGCUUCAGUGAUUUUCUAUUUUUUUGCUUUUAAGCACACUUUCUUGAUUUUAAAAUGUAGGUGGCAGGAAAGAUGGAAAGCAGAAGAUGGGUUAGCACUUAAAGUGGGCGUACUUUGCUUUAGAACUCAAACCUUGGAAGUCAGAGCACAGAAACAUUGAAUGUUCCUGUAUAUGAGCUCACCAUCUAAAUUCGCCAUGUGCGCAACUCCUUAUUUCUUUUUAAAGUGGCAUAUUCUUUAAUAAUUUAUGAAUAUGGCUUUAAUAAUGGUUUGUGUGAGCAAGUUCCACUUUCUUUUCAUUUCCUAACUGGUGAGCUUUCAAACCCCCCCACCAACAGACCUCAGUUUAUUGAUCAGUGCUAGUAUUUCUCAGUUUUUGUGCUUUAUCACCUCCAGCAUGUUUAUCUUUCUUUUUAAUUAAAAAAACACCAAAGACUGCGGACAUUGAAAAUCAGAAAAUUCUGGAGAGACUCAGCAGGUCUGGCGGCAUCUGUGGAAAUUAGAGUUAAUGUAUUGGGUCCAGUGACCCUUCCUCAGAACAGUUCUGAGGAAGGGUUACUGGACCUGAAACAGUAACUUUUUUUUCCCCAAGAAUUUCUGAUUUUUAUUUGUAGUUCUUUUCUCUUGAUUUGGGGGCACGGGGUAUAGGUUUGUAGCAAAGCCUCAUUGUUGGUGCUGCAACUACUAAAUAGAAAUCAAUAAAAUCAGCUGCUCGGGUAGUGUGAGAUGGGAUCAACUCAAAUGGACAGCAAAACAAUCAAAUUGUGAGGGAAAUUUGGUUAAUUUUGUAGCAAGUAUAAUUUGGUCAAUCAGUUGUAUUUUUCUCCUAUAACCAGUGAAAGGAAUCUUGGAGCCAUGAUUUUCCUGAUUGUGCUAGGAAAUAAUUAUUUGACAGAAAUGGUGUUUGCUGCCUGUUUUUUUUAAUAGAGCAACCUUUAUGUUGAACCUUUCAACCACCAUUCUGGGUCUGUUCAAACAGUGUUUGCACUCUAAUUCUUGAGUUGAUGUUGACUAAUGGUGAUGUACACACAUCUCCAAAACAUCCAACUCUUGCUUGGUAAUUUUUUAAACCAACUGGAAUUUUCUUUCCCCUCCUGCCACUCUCUCUAAGUUCAGGACCCCAUGUCAAUGUUAGUGCCCAUACUGCCUUCCUGGUUCAAUUUGGCAAAUGUGAAAAGCCACGUGAUUAAAGCCAGCCAAUCCUGAACCCCCACUACGUGCUGCAGCAUUUCUGCUGUGUUUCUAUGAUUUGUCAGCUGAUAAAUUGGUUACUCUCCUUUGUACGGUACAGCUCUAUUAAGGUAGUUAUUGUGUUGCAGGCCUUCACUGACUCAUCUACUCCUUUGUUUCUCACCCCACCCCCCAUUCCUAGUGAACAUAGGACUUAGAGCAGGAGUAGGCUGUUCAGCCCUGCAAAUGUGCUCUGCUUUUCACUAAGGUCUCAUUGUGGUUUCAACCCCACAUUCCUGCUUCCUCCUCUUCCCUCCCCCCAGAAGCCCCCAAGGCCCAUGACCAUCAAAACAUCCCUCUAACUCAUUUUUGAAUAAAUUCCGUAACCAAGUUACUCCCACCACCGCUGUCUGUGGAAAAGACUUCCCCAGACUGAUGGUCCUCUGAGAGAAGAAAUUUCUUCUGUCUCAGAAAAUGUGAUCUCUUAUUUUUUGAACUCUGUCCCAUGGUUCUGGUCUCCCUCAGAAGGGGAAACAUCCUUUCACCAUCCAUUCUGUCACCACCCUGAAGACCUCAUCUUUCACUGAGAUCAUUUCAUUCUUCUAAACACCAGUGGUCAAGUGUCUAACUUUUCUCCACAAAAUAAACCACAGUGUCUCAGUUUGUCAGGUGUAGGCCCAACUAGGAAGGCUGCAGAUGCAAUUGCUCCUCCCUCCAGUGUUUGCUGUCCUCAACAGGAGUAGUGACUGUGGGAUCUUGGUACGUAGUAUCAAUAUUCUGAACUUGAGAUUUAGGACCAAACCUCAAUUUCCUCACUCCUCAUCAGUAAUCCCAAGAGCGGGAAGGAUGAGAGGGAUGAGAUGUUGGCUUGCUCAUGAUGGGAUUGUGGUAAACCAAUGAUCAGCGUCUUAGGUUUAGACACUGAACGUCUCAUGGAUAAAUUGCCUGUGUAUGUGCUGCCAUUCUUCAGCUAUCAAGGACAUAACUGUCGCAGUUCCACUUUCGGACCAGUGCCAGGACUAGUGAGUGCACAGUACAGUGCUAGGUCCCAGUGAAUAGUAUGCUGUGCACUCCUGUAGCCCACAGGUUUCAGAUAAUUGGGAAGACUCCUGUGAUGGCAGGUAUAGUGCAAGCAACUGAGGAGGGACGAGAUCGAUCUGUCUGGGGUGGGGGGAGGGGGGGGAGCGGUGUAGAGAAGUGUCUGUGCUCUUAGCCUGUUCCUUGCCACACUGUGUCACUGUUGCAAUCUCUAAUAAUGAGAAGCCUGGGGCCCUGGGAGGUCAGAAACUUGGGUAUACUCUGCGUAGACUUUGAGCUGUUCUAGGAGGCAGGACUGCUCAGCACAUUCCUGCUCCCCAUUCAGAUCGGAACCUUGGAUUGCCAAAUCAAGGCAGACGCAUUCCUGGAGAUUGCAUCACAUGACUUCCCCUUCCAUUCCUAACAGAAUGGAUCUGGUUAGAUUAAAAAUAAUCUUUUUUUUCUCCAUAAUGAAUGGAAGUGCUUAAAAUUUUUAAAAAGUGUUUAGUUUUCCAUUCCCCUGGGAUAUACACAGCACUGACUUUCAUUUGAGUUCCUUAGUCAAUUGGUGACACCUCCAUUGUUCUGACACACCCUCAUUACCCACCCCACUCCCCAGUAAAUCACAUCUGUUGGCAAGCUGUGUACAGUUGGGUGUUGCUGUAUGUUGGUACUACAUGGAUUUAUCAUCGAUGGCAAAAAACCUUUGUAUGGAAUAAUAUUUCCAAAAACAAUAAACUUUAUCCUUUUA